AUGUAUUCUGUUUUGGAACACGCAUUCAGGCAACGAGAAGGAGAUGAGCAAAGAACGUUCCUCGCCCUUCGGCCAUUGGUAGCGCCGAUUAAGUGCUCCAUUCUACCCAUAUCAGCUAAUGAGCGCCUGAAUCCAAUCAUUGAAGCAGCACGAGAAGAACUGGCUCGUUUCGACCUCACCUAUCGUGUGGUUGGUUUUUUGUCUUAUACUGUACUUAUGCGCAGUGACAGUAUGUGUUACUUUUGA